GUGCCGGCGAAUCCGGAAAGAGUACAAUCGUGAAGCAGAUGAAGAUUAUCCAUGAAGGUGGUUUCACCAGCGAGGACAACAAGCAGUACAAGCCGGUGGUGUACAGUAACACCAUUCAAUCUCUGGUGGCCAUCAUCCGAGCUAUGGGCACACUUAGCAUACCCUUUGGGGACAAUGAGCGAGAGUCUGAUGCCAAGAUGGUGUUAGAUGUUAUAGCUCGGAUGGAAGAUACAGAGCCCUUCACAGAGGAGUUACUUGCAGCCAUGAAACGAUUAUGGGUGGACUCUGGAGUGCAAGAAUGCUUAGGUCGUGCAAAUGAGUACCAGCUCAAUGACUCUGCCAAAUACUUUUUAGAUGACUUAGAUCGUUUAGGUGCAAAAGAUUACAUGCCUACAGAACAGGAUAUCUUGAGGACAAGAGUAAAAACCACUGGCAUAGUUGAAGUACACUUCUCUUUUAAAAAUUUAAAUUUCAAAUUAUUCGAUGUGGGUGGUCAGCGGUCAGAACGAAAGAAAUGGAUACACUGUUUUGAAGAUGUGACAGCCAUUAUAUUUUGUGUGGCCAUGAGCGAGUAUGAUCAAGUCUUACACGAAGAUGAGACCACAAAUCGAAUGCAGGAAAGCUUGAAACUGUUUGAUUCCAUCUGCAACAAUAAAUGGUUCACAGAAACCUCCAUUAUUUUGUUUUUGAACAAGAAAGAUCUCUUUGAGGAAAAGAUAAAGAAGUCACCAUUGUCGAAUAUGUUUCCCUGA